AUGACAGUCAGAACUCCUGGAACCCCAUCUUCGAAAAUCGACAAGACACCGGUGACAACUCCAUCUUCGAGAAUCGACAGGACACCGGUGUCAACUCCGGGAGGGCCGAGAGGAGCAAAGGAAGAGAAGAUUGUUGUUACGGUGCGAUUGAGGCCUCUGAGCAAAAGGGAGCAGCUGGCAAAAGACCAAGUUGCUUGGGAAUGCGUCGACGACAACACCAUUGUGUCUAAACCUCAGGACCGCUCAACUCAACCGGCCUCGUUUACAUUUGAUAAAGUAUUUGGUCCUACCAGUAUAACUGACACUGUAUAUGAGGAAGGAGUGAAGAAUGUGGCCUUGUCUUCGUUGAUGGGCAUCAAUGCUACUAUAUUUGCAUAUGGACAAACUAGCAGUGGGAAGACAUACACAAUGCGAGGAAUUACAGAGAAAGCUGUCAUUGAUAUUUACAACCAUAUAAUGAAUACUCCAGAGAGAGAUUUUACAAUCAAAAUUUCCGGACUUGAAAUAUACAAUGAGAAUGUUAAGGACCUGCUAAACUCGGAGUCUGGUCGUAAUCUCAAGCUUCUAGAUGAUCCAGAGAAAGGUACUGUGGUUGAGAAACUGGUGGAGGAAACUGCAAGCAAUGAUCAGCACUUGAGACAUUUAAUUAGCAUUUGUGAAGCUCAAAGACAAGUUGGUGAAACAGCUUUAAAUGAUAAUAGCUCACGGUCACAUCAGAUAAUAAGGCUGACAAUUGAAAGUACACUGCGUGAAAAUUCAGAUUGCGUGAGAUCUUUUGUGGCAAGCCUGAACUUUGUAGAUCUGGCCGGAAGUGAACGAGCUUCACAAACUCAUGCGGAUGGUGCUAGGCUAAGGGAAGGUUGCCAUAUCAACCUUAGCUUGAUGACACUUACAACUGUUAUCAGAAAGCUCAGUGUUGGAAAAAGAAGUGGUCAUAUACCCUACAGAGACUCAAAGCUCACUCGCAUAUUGCAGCAUUCUCUUGGUGGGAAUGCACGCACUGCUAUCAUAUGUACCUUGAGUCCAGCAAUGAGUCAUCUUGAGCAAUCUCGGAAUACUCUUUUCUUUGCUACAAGGGCAAAGGAAGUCACAAAUAAUGCACGCGUGAACAUGGUUAUUUCAGACAAGCAACUAGUGAAACAUUUGCAGAAGGAAGUAGCUAGGCUGGAAGCAGAGCUACGCACCCCUGCCACCCCAGAUCCAUCAAUGGAAAAAGAUAUGAAAAUUCAGCAGAUGAAAAUGGAAAUUGAAGAAUUGAAACGUCAGAGAGAUCUUGCUCAAUCUCAAGUAAUUGAACUAUGCCAAAAGCUGAAGGAGGAUCCACAGGUUUCAAAUCCCUUGGAAUUACCCCAUCCUUCAGUGAAGAAGUGUCUAUCCUACACUGGCGAACUACCAACAAAACUUGAUGCCAAGGAGCUAGGGCGUGGUGAUAAAGCAAGAAAUAUAAAGUUGAGGCAGUCUAUGAGGCAAUCAUCAGCUGCUCCUUUUACUCUAAUGCAUGAAAUACGCAAACUUGAGCACCUGCAAGAGCAGCUUGGAAACGAAGCAAAUCGAGCUCUGGAAGUAUUACAAAAGGAGGUGGCUUGUCAUAGAUUAGGAAACCAAGAUGCAGCUGAAACAAUUGCUAACCUGCAAGCAGAAAUAAGAGAAAUGCGUUCAGUAAGAUCAGUGCCAAAAGAAGUUGAUGUUGGAACUGUGGUUGCUACCAACAAAAGUGUCAGUGCUAAUCUAAAGGAUGAGAUCACAAGACUUCAUUCACAGGGCAGCACUAUUGCAAAUCUUGAGGAACAGCUUGAAAGUGUUCAGAAGUCUAUAGAUAAAUUGGUGAUGUCUCUUCCUAGCAAUUUUGAACAAUGCAAUAGUGAAGCACCCCCCAAGUCUAAGAAGGAGUCCAAGAAGAAAAAGUUAUCACCUUUAUCUUCAAGCAAUGUUUCCAACCGGCCAAAUUUUAUCAGAUCACCUUGCUCACCUCUAUCAGCUUCUCGUCAAAUUGUGGAGUCUGAUGAAAUUGAAAAUAGAGUUCCCCAACAUGAUGAUACUUUGUUCAGUGAGACUCAACCAGAGUCUGAAAAGGGGACUCCCACAAAAAGUGAAGAUUGUGGAGAUGUUUCGUCAAAGGAAAACACUCCCUAUAGGCGUUCUAGCUCAGUAAACAUGAAGAAAAUGCAGAAGAUGUUCCAAAAUGCAGCAGAAGAGAAUGUAAGAAGCAUAAGAACAUAUGUAACGGAGCUGAAAGAACGGGUAGCCAAACUGCAGUACCAAAAGCAGCUUCUAGUCUGCCAGGUGCUGGAGCUGGAAGCAAAUGAAGCAGCUGGGUAUGAUAUGGAGAAUGAUGAAAUCACAUGCGAGCAAGAGGAGCCCCAGAUCCCAUGGCAAAUAACUUUCAAGGAUCAAAGGCAGCAAAUCAUUGAGCUAUGGGAUUUAUGCUAUGUCUCCAUAAUUCAUAGGACACAGUUUUAUAUGUUAUUCAAGGGAGAUCCAGCUGAUCAAAUCUAUGUGGAAGUGGAGCUCAGGCGAUUGACAUGGUUACAAGAGCAUCUGGCAGAACUUGGGAAUGCUAGCCCUGCUCCUCAUGUGGGAGAUGAGCCAACAGUCUCUUUGUCAUCAAGUAUCCGAGCUCUAAAGCGCGAAAGGGAGUUCCUUGCCAAGAGGGUAACAUCACGUUUAAGCGCAGAGGAGAGAGACGCAUUGUACAUCAAAUGGGAUGUUCCACUUGAAGGGAAGCAGAGGAGAAUGCAGUUUGUGAAUAAGCUCUGGAUCGAUCCUCAUGAUGCCAAGCAUAUCCAGGAGAGUGCUGAGAUAGUUGCAAAGCUUGUUGGUUUCUGUGAAAGUGGCAACAUGCCAAAGGAGAUGUUUGAGCUCAAUUUCGCACUUCCAUCUGACAGAAGGCCAUGGAUUAUGGGAUGGAACCCAAUUUCAAACCUUCUUAACUUGUGA